ACUGCGUGGGCGUUUGCAGGUGAUCCUAAUCACUACACGAACUCGAAGGUUGUCAGCCGCAAUCCGACUUCCAGACAUCUUCCCUCACCACCACCACCAGGCAGGCAGCAGCUAGGGUAGAUCUGCUGCUGCAUCCACCCCGCUGGAGCAAAAAAGAAAAAGGAAAAAAAAAAAACAAAAAAGUGUCCAUAAGUGUCAGCGCACGUAUCAGUGAAAAGCUUCACUCCUGACCACCCCGCUCCAGAGGGCAAGAGCAGCUCGCCUCAAUCUGUGUCAUCCGGCCCCAUGACUCCUUGAGUUGGGACCCAGCCCCAGUGUGGCCCAUGCGCUGUACCCGUUUCCCUCCCUGUCCUCCUCCUCCCUCAAGCUGACGCAGAAUCCCAGACACCUCCCUCCCCUCCCCCUACCCCAGCCCCACCCGGUCCCCAGCGACUCGCCCCCGCCUGCCAUGGCGCCCGGCACAGAGACAGUCCACUAUAUCCACCUGCACAACUCCAGCCAGUCGGUCCUGGAGGCCCUGCGUACCCAACGGCGGGAGGGCCUCUUUUGCGAUGUAACGGUACGCAUCCACGACGCGUCGUUGCGCGCCCAUGCCUGCGUCCUGGCGGCCGGCAGCCCCUUCUUCCAGGACAAGCUGCUCCUGGGCCACUCUGAGAUCUCAGUGCCACCCCUGGUUCCGGCCGAAACGGUCAAGCAGCUGGUGGACUUCAUGUACAGCGGCUCGCUGGUGGUGCUCCAGUCACAGGCGCUCUGCAUCCUUACCGCCGCCAGCAUACUGCAGAUCAAGACGGUCAUUGACGAGUGCACGCAGAUUAUCUCGCAGAGGAAGGCGGCGAGUGCGGCGGCGGCCGCAGCUGCCGCGGCGGCGGUCGGCGGGGGGAUGCUGGGCAGCGUCCUCCCCAAGCAGGAGGAGCGCGGCGGCGGCGGGGGGAAAGGGAGGGAGAGCGGUGGCAGCUGUUCAGGCAGCGUCAGCGGAGGAUACCCCAACUUCCCUAACUUCAUGGUGGAGUGCAGCGCCAGCAACAUGGGUGGUGAGAGCGGGCCCAGCUCCAGGGUUUCUGCGCAAGUAUGGAAAGAACCCUGCGGCCCUAUGGAGCAAGCCAACAGCCUGAUGGCGCUGGGGGAUAUGGGCCCGACGUCCUUAUGCGGAGGCGGUGACGGUCUGGGCGGUGGCCUCAUGAAGCAGAGCCCCAGCUGCACGCAAGACGUCCGCUACAAGCUGCGCGACCUACUGGCGCAGGCGGCAGACAACGGGGGCACUGCCCAAGCUGGCAGUCUGUCGGCGAGCUGCAGCUCCGGCGUGGGCAGCGUAGACAGCGUCGGCAGGGAUAGUCUCCGCGGCAACGCCACCGACCUCUCAGACGACUUGGUGAGCAUGGAGCACUUCAGCGAGGAGGAGGACUUGGACGGCAGGGAGCGCGGUAGAGAUGGAGACCGAGACAGGGGGGCAAGCCAUAGCCGCAAGCAGAGGCAGCCGCUGAGGCUCCAGGUGUUGGGAGGAGGAGGCGAGGGCGUGGUGGUGAAAGAUGAGGGCGCGCAGGAUCCCGACGGGACGGCCUUCGACCUGGAGGAUGGCAGGCGGGACGGAGAGCAGGGCGGACCCCAGGGAGCCAUGCCGGCCUUCGGACAGGACUUCUACGAUGAGCAGGGUGUCUUCACUGAGAGUUUCUGGCCGCAGAGCGAACCUCAUCAGCCCAUGGCGUUUAAUCCCAGAGGACGGGUCAGCAAACCUCUGACUCCACCCCCAACCUCACAGUCCAUUAAUAACCAGCUUCUUUUCCAGUACCCAGUGAGCCAGUCGCAGCCGCCACCAUUCUACAUAGGAGGGAUGGACACCAUGGCAGGGGCGGAACCCAGCCAACAGGCCCCGCCACCUGUCCCCAUGACACCGGCGCCACCCCCUCCCACCAACACGGCCGCUCCUUGCUCUUCGGGCCCCUCACCUUCCUCCCAAGGAUCCGAGACCUCCUUCGACUGCACUCACUGUGGCAAAUCUUUACGUUCCAGGAAGAAUUACAGCAAGCACAUGUUUAUCCACUCCGGUCAAAAACCUCACCAGUGCUCCAUCUGCUGGCGCUCUUUCUCCCUGCGUGACUACCUCCUCAAGCACAUGGUGGUGCAUACGGGCGUGCGGGCCUUCCAGUGCUCCAUGUGCGGCAAGCGCUUUACGCAGAAGAGCUCGCUCAACGUGCACAUGCGCACGCACCGCGCCGAGCGCACCUUCCAGUGCAACGUGUGCCACCGGGCUUUCACUCACCGCACCUUGCUGGAGCGCCACGCUCUGCAGCACGCACCCCAGGUCCCGCCGGGGCGCAGCGCCGACAUGACCUCGCCCACCAAGCACAGCCCUCCCGCCAUGGGGGGGCCCUCAGGUAUGGCCGGGGCGGCUGGCAUGGUGGGCGGAAUGGCCAACCUGCCGGGCCACGGCGCCACGUCCAACUAGAGUCGGCGGUGAGGGCGUGGGUGCCAGGCCGUUCAGCCCGUACUCACGCCAGUCGCCAGCAGAGGUGGGGGGCGCAAGUCACAUGACAUGACAUGACUGGUCAAACUUAAAUUGCUAGUUUUAGGACUUUAGACUCUUUUGGCUAAAACCCUUUAUUUGUGAGACCCAACAUGACUGACUUGAACUGUUUCCCAAUCUACCUGUUCUAGAUUACAAGUAAAAUCGCAAGGCAAACUGCUACAUAAAAAGGUUACUGGAUUUUUUUUCCCCUCAAUUAUUUUUUAAACUUAUUUUGUUGCUUUGUGAAACCCCCUGCAGUGGUGCCAAAGCCCCAUCUAAUAUAAAAGUAGUGUUUUGGGGGCAUCUUGUGGUGUCUUGAUGCCAGAGAAUUAUCUUGAAGUGAGGAGAGGAGCUUCAGUUAAACUUGCGAAAGCAUUGGCAGAUAUAAAAGUUGAGGUUUGGUGCCAUCUUCCAACAUCUAAAGACAAUUGUUUACCAUUUGGGGUUGUCGGUUGCUUGUGAAUUUUCACUAUUCAGGGUGGGGCUUUGUCUCUUACGGUACACAGGUUAUAUACUUUCUAUGAUUUAGUGGAAGAGGAUUUAAUUGUUCUUCCGUUAUAGGUUAAUGGUAUAGAUAACGGAAAAAGAUACAUUGUAGUAAAUAUAUACUGACUUGAAACUUUACCACAGUACACCACUGUGGUGCAACAGACUGGUUAGGAAUUAUUGUACUAUAUGACAAGACAAGUCUGUAUACAUUUUAAAAUCUGCAUUUUCAGUUAUUUUUUUGUGUAGCGUGAGCAAACCUGGCAACCCACCCGUGCGAUACGAGUCUGAGUGCAGGGGCCACAUUAUAAAGCAAGUACAUUGAUACCUCAACUUACGUUUUUAAUUUGUUCCAUAUAGUGGGAUUCAAGGAUUUUUGGGGGUUAUAAAAUGGGACGAAGAGAAUUUGAGGGAGACAGCAACUGAGAGAUCUUAUUUCAUCCGUUAGCAUAAAAACCUUUGACGUUCACGGUUUUAACGUGACGGUUAAGCUCACCAGUAGCCUGUCAAAAAUGAAAUGAGAUUUAUGUCAGUUCAGUGUUUAAUGAAGAACAUAAAGUCAUAGACAAUAAAGAUACUGGUUUGGUUCAAUUAAAAAAAAAAAAAAUCAUGUAAAUGUGUUAGUAUACCUAACUAGCACUAUUAUAGACACUGAGUCCAAGUUUGCUUGACUCUACUGACUUAUACGUAAUGACUCAAAUUUAGUGGGGACUCUACUUGACCUCAUGGUAACUUGUAACUUGAGACUCACAAUAUGACUUGCAUAUUUCUGACUUCCUUCCACCUCUGCCUAACAGGCCGGAACCUCCCCACAGGGCUCCCGCAGAGGCUCUUUUGGAACCCAACGCACAACUCAUCAGAACCGUAUUUCCUCACAUUCACUCUACUGAGCCCUCGCGGUCAACAACCUCACAGUAUUAACCUGCACUUGAACAUUUCCGCAAAGAGCCUCUGUGGGAACACAACGUUUGGAGGUUUGGGUACAUGUAGUUGGCUACGGGGAGGUGGGGGGCCAUGGCAAAACUUGAGAGGAGCUUAUUGGAGGACUUUAGAAAAGGUUUUAUUCACAAUCGAUUCAUUUGAUGUCAAAGGUUGGCAGUCAGUCAAACACCUCCCAGGUCCCCCCCCCCUCCCCCCCCACCCACCCCACCCGCUGGAAUGACCCGGAACCAAAAGUGACGAGCACACCCCCCAAAAAAAGUCUUAAGAAGCAAUAACUAAAAAGAUGCCAUUUUGGUUUGAAGCAGCCAUUAAGGCUCAAUUUUGGCAUUUUUCCAUGACUCCUUGAGAAAACUAUUGAAAAUGUAAGUUAUAUACUUUAUAACACAUUUGAAACUUGUUCAAUUCUGAAUAAUUUAAGUUUCCGGUAUUGCUUGUGGGUUGAUCAUGGCAAUAUUUUUUUUUCUCAUCGGGCCCGGAAACUAGUUUACGAUAGCAUCAUGAAAUUUUGGAUACAUGCCUACCAUAUGUAGACCCUCAAAAAAAAAGCCAAGACACUUUAAUUGAAACGAUUGUGCUUUUUAAAUUUUCCUCAUCUUUUUUUUUUCGGGAUAUUCUUAAGCAGGGCGGAGGCCGAGGGGCCAUGAGGAUCCUUAUUAGCUGUAAAAUCCUCCAGUUUUUCCAAAUAUUCAGGACUCAGAAAUCGCUCAGAGACUUAAAUGAGUUGACUGUGAAGGAAAACCGGGGUGGCGACGGAAAGUAGGUGGGUGGCAUCGGCAGGCGUCGUGAAAUGAAAUUCAACCUCAUCCAUCAAGACACGUUGGUCACAGUUUCCACAGGCGUUCACCGGCUGCACCCGCGAUCAAAUACCUCGAAACAGGACGCACUGCAAAUAGGAAAUGUUUAGGAAACAUUUCAAGCUUCUAUUACACACACACACACGCACGCGCACACACAAACUCACACAGCUACAAUUACCUCGGCGGUCCAAAGACAGGCUUUUUGUGUCAUAUUUGAAGCUACAACAGUGAAAGCUUAAAAGGCGGAACCGUUUACAUUUGAAAAGUUUGACUUCAGUGUGAAAAAAAACAAAACAAAAAAAAAAAAAACAGUGGUAGCAGCGCUCACUUUGUUCUUUGUUGCUCCUGUGAUGCAGAACGUUUAAAAAAAAUGCUUUUAACACGAAAGAGCCAUUGAGAGGAAGGGAAAGUCGGUGGGGGAAACUUUGACAAAUCAAUUAUUUCUAUCAGGAUUUUAUAUAUGUAUUAUAAAAUUUAAAAAAAUGAAUGUUUGGUUGUGUUUCGGGGCUUUGAGGCGGUUGAUGCACUUCUCGUGGCACAAAGGAAAAUAUUUUUUUUUGUUUUAGUCAAACUAAAAAUGAAUCAUGAAAUUGUACAAUCACCCCUCAAAGAGUUUUUGACCAAGUCAAAAAAAAAAUGGUGGUAAUGUGAAGUUAUCACAUUAAUAUUUAUUGCAAUUUGAUCUCUAUGCACACCUAAGUUUGCACAUCCUGUUUCUUAGAGCUAGAUGUUGUUGUUCCCCCACAAAUAUUUGGCCUGUUUUUGUCCCCGCCCAACCCCACCCCCCCACGCCUUUUGGUUUACUCACCAGACUUGAAUAAAAGUUAUUUUCAUACACAAAAAGCUUGUGGAGACCUCACGCUAAAGAUUUGACAUGAAAUGUCCCCGUGGUUAAAUGUGGCAAAGACAAGUGCACACAUGCUGUCACAUUAUAAGCUAAAUGUCCACUUUGAACGCCAAACCUCUGGUGCUUUUUUUUUUUUUCCUUUUCUUUUUUGGGGUUGUUGUUGUUAUCGUUGUUGUUGUUUGUGUUCUCUUUCUGGACAUAUUUACCUCAUUUUGCCAGCUGCCAACAACAUGAAGGCAGUGCUCUCCUCAGUCAAUUUAACAGUGUUUUGAUUUUUGUUUUUUUGGGGUGGGUGGACUUGAUUUCUUCUCAGUGGCAGAAGUGGUUGUGGUGCAUUCAAGGACCCGUGUACAGUACUGUAACAUGUCAGCCUUUUGUGACGUACUGUGUGAUGCCUUUUCUGUUCUUCUACUUCUAGGAUGUUUUCUACAGGAAAUCCUCUCCGACAAGCAGUGGCGGUUUUAUAAACUUGUCAUCCUUUAAAAAAAAAAAGGAAAAAAAAAUGAAAAGUAAGCCAAUCUUUUCUGUAUGACAAAGGCUAAGAGGCAUGAUUUUAACCUUUUUCUGAGAACUUGUAGGUGUUGUAGUCGAUGACUUUAAUUGAAUUUGAAAACUGAUUGAGUGAUUUCAAAGAUUUUUUUUCUCCAAUUAAACGUCUUCUAUGACUGAA